AUGGGAACCACGGGAACUUCUGCUCCAGGCCAGGAAAGAGCCACGAUACAUGGCGGAGUGCAAAGGUGCAGCGCCGCUUCUGCUGCCGCUGCCUCUGUGGUCAGAACACCACGCAUGGAAUAUCGUGAAAAUAUGAUUGACGGCGUGCGCCUUCGACCCACCUUCAAUCCAUACGUGCGGCUCACCAAGGCCAAGAGAUAUGUGCUCGAUAACUGGCCCUCGAGAAACUGGGCUGACUGGAAUCCAUACAGCUGCUUCGUAAGAGGCAGCCGGCGGCGCUACCAAAUUCCGAAGGAUCUCAUGCCCUGUAAGGAUGAGCUAGGGGAAUGGCACCCUCCUCGACUUUCAGGCAGGUAUAAAGCUGAUGUUGAGCGGCAGUAUCGACUCAAUGGCCUUGAAUGGGUGUGGACGAAAGACUUCUAUAGGGAAAAGAUGCAUUUCCAAGAUAGAGAACCUCUUGGUCCCAAGAGAUGGUACAUCAGAGAGUUUAGGCAGCAACAAGUGAAGGAAGCUAUGAGAAAGAUGGCUGACCUCGUAGCGGAAUAUCGCCAGGAGGUAAGGGAUAAGCAGCGCUAUAACUGGUUUGAACGAGUGGUGCACGACUUCGCCGGCGAGCAGCUUUCUUCAGAAUACCUCAGGAGCCGGAAGGAGCCGAAAUUGUAG